CGUCACGCCAUGCAGCCCAAAUGCUCUUUCUAUGAGAGACAAGUACACAAGCCGUUGUACUUUGACAAUGAUGAGAUGCGAUUGUUUAGCGAGGCCGAAAUAACGCGACAUCUGCUUUCUCCCAGGUUCAACCAGGAGAAUCAAUGAAGUUAGCGGUGUUAUUGCUGUGUGGAAUUUUGGUGAUCGGUUGGAAUUGUGGCUUUGGUAAGUGAAAAUGUACGGUGUUCUCGACUCGCUUGUGGCCUCUAGGGUUUGAUAUGGUCAUGUUGUCUGUUGACUGUGUUUACUUAUAACAUGAAAGAUGGUUUUAAGUGACAUAACAUGUUCGAAGAUCGAAAUAACUAAACUUUCGCCGAUCUGCAUCUCUGAACAUAUCUAAACGUAAUUUGGAUCUCGUAGAAGCAUUUAAAGACAAUCUUAAAUCCACAGUAGGCACAAGAUAUUUGUCUGUUCGCUUUUGUACUUAUUUGUCACUGUGCUCCAGAAUUAUAUCAAUUUGCUGGAUAUCAACUCUGUGGCCAAGUUACUUGCAAUUAUGUCAAAGCUGUCUGCUUCCAGAACCUUUGAUCGUUAGUUAAAGUUGUAUUUUGUGCGGCAAAUAAGUUUUCCCUUUGUGCUUGCAUGUGUUCUUCAUGUGUCUGCCAUUAGAAACUGAAUACGUCCGUGUUUAUGCUGAUUAUUUUCAAUUCACUGACAGCUCUAGCGAGGCAGUAUGGAAGAAGAGAUUCACGAUCCAGAAAGCGGGAAAGAAAUUCCAGGUGAGUGUAUUCAAUGGGCAAGUCUGAUCGCUGACGAAUACUAAAUUUCGCAGAACUUCAUUUAUCAACAACAAUUUUUGGCUUCCGUACAGCGGAGGGAAUUUAGUGUUGGUAAUUUUAAACCAGACAGUAUGGCCUACGAAUUGACGGUAUCUCGUAAGGAGGCGAUCAUUAUUUUCUGGCGAUCAAACCAAACUGCGAGUGCGUUUAAAAUAGGGAUGGUUAAAGUGAAUUUUUUGUUUCAACUUCAACAUAUUCUGCAUCGCAUCUGCGUUUCGUGAUUUCGCCUUCAAGUGCUUUAACGAAUUGUGCUGAGCACGGCUCAAGGGGUUGGCUAUCUUUCAUGAUUCACGUUUGUCAGAUGGUUUGACACAGAAGUUCUUUGUUCGAGAAAUCGCCGCGGUAGAAGGCAUUGUUCGUGUUCAUUGUUUCGAUAACAGGGUUUCUUUCAAACCCAACCACGUUCAUUUUCAUUCAAACACCAUGCAAAUGAGGUCAAUGAUUUCCCUGGGUGCUGUCUCGGCUUUUGGAAAAGGGCUUGUAGUUGACGAGAGAUGUCAAGCCAUAUUGUUUGCUGUUUAUCUGUUUCGAUACGGCUAAAUUUAGAGGACCACCAUCAGUCUCUUUUGUGAAAGCGAAAUAUCGCAUCUUUGAUCUCUUUUAGGCUCAUUACAAACCUUGCAAUUAAAUCAAGUGUAGAUUUAAUAUCCAACACAAUAGUUAAUUGUUCUGUUUAGUUAGUUGCCCUUUGAAAUUUUUGUCACAUACGGCGGGCGACAAAAGCAAAUGAAAGUCAUCAACGAGUUAGGUUUACUGAGAGAGCAAAAAUGCGAUCGAUGUAUGCUUUCUUUUGGAACUUACAACAGAAAUUCGUUAAGUCAUUCGUCGGAAAAGAAAGUUAACAUAGGUAAAAGUUUUGUUUUUUCGCUGAGGCCCUACCUAGCUUGGGGAAGAUUAUCCAAGAGUUAUCAAAAAGGUCGCUUUCCCAUCACGAGUGAUAUUGGUUUGGUGUCCGCGUUCUUGGAGUAAACCGACCAUGAGAUUUCUCUCUGCCUAGUUAGGUUCAUUUCAAGCUUUAACUUAAUUGAAGAUGGACUUUUCUGUACUGUAUGCACUUUUGUCUUUAAGGGGCAAUUCACCCGGUUUACAAAUUAUGUUCAGCAUGACAAUUUGGUUGUAAAACAACACUUACAAUCGAAAGCGAAAACAUUGAGGUUUUUCCUUGAAAUGUGAAUCAGUUAACUCACAAAACUCUGUCGCUGAUUUCAGUAAAUCCAUUGAGGUCUUUUUGAAGUAAAAUCACGGUUUUGGAGAAGAAAGGAAUUUACCAUAAGGUGAAAAACUGCUAUGACAGACGACGUAAAUAUAACUUAAAUGAUGGUUUAGGAGUGUUAACAUAACAAUAGUUUGUUUGUAUCCUCGUCGAGUGGAACUUUGAAAUAGAUUUAACUGGCGGCUCACUUUCUUUCAUGCAGCAUUUUAUAAAUACGCUUGGUUGUGUCAGAUCUUGGGAAUUCCUUAACGUGAAAUUCGAAAAUUGAACAAAAUGUUGCUUCACUAAUCAAUCAAUUGAAGAAAAAAAAGAAAAGAAAAUAAUGAUCUAGUGGUCAAAGUUUAGGUCCGGAACUCGGUUAUCGAAAUUCUGAAAGGCGAAUAUGUGUUUGUGUGUUCUUGUAACUCAUUUUCUGUUCAAUAAAUAACAAAAUUUAUUCGGAUUUCCCGGUUAUGUGAUAUGUUGCAUUAUAGAUGAACUGCACAAAGCAGAGAUAUAUUCGUCAGUAGAGAUAAACUUUGUGUCAUUUUUUUCGCCCUUGAAAAAUACGACGAAAAGGUAAACUUGAAUACUUUAUAAAACCACCUCAGUUUUUUUUGCUCAUAGUGUUUAUGGUAUGCCUUAAAAUGAAUUCUUUGACGGAUUAAAUAUUCUUAUUGACCUUUAAAAACAUUAAAAAAGUGUUUAGUUAGUGAGAGAGGGUUACAAACUUCCUCGUUUUUCAAAUGUUUAUUUAGUUUUUCGUUUAUUUGUGGUAAUUUUUGUUUGAGAGUUGACACUUUUCUUGCCAAGUAGUUUUUGUAGCGCGGUGUCCCUCAGCAAGGUCUGCUUCAUCGAAUAUUCUGCUGGUGAACUUUAAAACUUUUCUCUGAAGGUUAAUUGACUUAGUGAUCGCUAUCUUGUGUUCAGAUCUUAAGAUCUCUUUUAGCGGCGUGUAUUCGUGUUUUAAGCAAUUAGCGUCGAAGCUUAGAGAUUGAAGAAAACGGAAUGGUACAUGUUUGUUUUAUUGUUUUCGGUCGGUUGGAAUCGUGCAACCCAAGUCGAAUUUAUUAUUUUUUUCCCGACAGAACGAACAAUAUUCAAUAAAACUUAGUCAGUUGUGCAAGUUUUGUUGUACUCCUGUUACACUGUUUGCGUUGAAGAGCGUUAUUUCACUCAGGUGAAAAUCAAUUUCGGAAUUUCAAACAUGGGUAGCUCUAGGAAACCGUGCGGGAUAUAAAAAAUCUGCAAAAAAGAAUUUCCAAACAAAAGUUUUUCCUCUGAUGUUAAAGGAUCGCGCCUUGUGUCUGAAUUCUUAGUGUUAUUUCUAUUUUAACUACUUGUUUUCGUAAAAGCGGAAAAAGCUGCUAGAGCUUUUUUUCUUGUAAUACCGUCCGCUAUGCUGUUAUUAUCACUUAGUAAUGAUCAGAAAGCUUAAUUUAAAUGUGCUUGAGCGGUAAGUUCUGUUGUUCUUUCAUUAGGAUCAUGAACCCUGGUUCAAAUAAAACAUUUUAGUCAUUGAAAUGAAGAGAAUCGAAAUCUCCUUAAUGUAUUAUUUCUAAACAUCAAUCAGUUCUGAUCAAAAUGGUGGGACCAUUUUUAUUCGCGGUUGAUUUUUUUCUUCAAGAAGACGGGUCAAGGAGUCAAAAUGAAUCUUAUCUUUCAUUGGAGGUUCUCGGACGUGUAGGAUUUGAUAAAUUAUUAUAAUUAAGUCGACCACAAAGUCUGUACCGACCAAGUAUCCACCCAGAGGCCUCGUGUACGGUAUCCUGUCGGAUCCCAAUAGAACAUGAUAAGAAUACCGCCUCUGAAUAAGGUCACGUACAUUCUGUUUCUUUUAACAGGAGAAUUUCGUUAGAAAGGUUGGUAAUUUGAUUAUCGUUGAAAUGCUGUUGUUUGGUUGUAACUGUUACAACAAACUAAAUUUGGAAAGGAAAGGGGUUCCUACGGGAGAGCUCAUGUUUUCUUAGAUUUCAGCUGAUAACAACUCACUGUUAUUCUGCGGUGGGGACUGGACUUCAUUUACAGCUAGACAAACUGUCGCAAGAUCAAUUUAGUUGUCGCAAAUUGAGAUGAAGAUAAGUUUUAGACGGCGGCGAAGAUCUUUGAGUUUUUUCUGAGGAGUUAAAAUUCUUUUUCUCAGCGACAGGAAUCACUAACCCUAGUAGUUUUCAUGCGUGUAGUUUCCAAGAACGAAAUAAAAGUUUCUUUAAAAAACUUUACAAGCACAAAGGUAGUAGGGUCACAUUGUUAUCAGAAACGAAUUUUUGUUUGUUUUCGAAUAUAAUCGUAGAUCAGAUUGUAGCAAUUUUAUAUUACCCUAAAAUUCGUGCUGUAGUUGUAAAACUAAUAUGUUCCCUUUCCGUGAGAGAAUUGAUGUAGAAAGUUAUAUUCCGUAAACUGAGAACAUGCAGGUAGUAUUGGCUGGAAGCUGGUGAAGUGACUUCUUACUUAAAGUCAUUUUAAGUCAGGAUUUUAGGCUACAGUUUCGUCUUAAAAAAUCUGUAAAACCGCCAGGUUUGUUUUUUGACUCACAUAGAGUGGAAUGUGUACAUUAGCGAUUCAAUCUUCGAUUCUUUUAACAAAUAUUUGAAAGAGAAAACGACAGAGAAAUAAAAUCAUAGUUUCGUUCCAAUCUUUGACUGUUAUUUGCUCAUUAUGUAGAGGUUUUCUGGCACUUAUCACUAUGAACAGAAUUUCUUCAACAAAAAUUCGAGCUAUUCUUUGCCAAAAGGAAAAAUCCUGACAAUUUGUCUGUUUUUGAUUUGUGUAAGUAGUUAACUUGAUUAAAAUACAAGCGUAUCUCAAAGCUUUUCAGGUCAUGGAUUUUAAUUAAUGACCUUCAAAUGUCAGCUAUGAGAAACCUAGUUUCGGGUUAUGCUAUUAAGGUUCUAAUUAAGUCCGUAUUAUUUCUGCAGCAGUGCACUUCGUGAUAAGGUUACUUUUGCUGGAAUUAAAUCAAGGAAGGCUUUUGACAUUGCUGAUCCCAAUAACAUGCCCAAGGCAAGCCUCGUGUGAACUAAGGUUAUCCCAUUUAACCCUAAAAAUGACCAGCAUCCUAUUUCACCUUACAGUGAUAAUGCUGAAUCAUUCAGGAAGAUUAUGAGAAUAAAGGAUAUGAUCCCAAACUUAGAAAGCUUUGAUUGUAAAACACAUUCUUCUUCAGUACUAAAAAAAACAAAUUGGAAAGGGUAUGGAGAAUAUGGAUGCUGAUGCUAAGGUGUAAAGGGUUAUGGCGCAAUUCAUCAGCGUGUUUUCUGGGGUUUAAUUGCAAGAGUGCGCAACCACGAAUCGGAACUUAUCAAAUCAUUAUCAAAUCCUUUUGAAGAGGUUAGAUAACUCGUUAAAAUUCUUCGACGUAUUUCCUUAUUGAAAUAAGCGGCGCGUUUAUGUUUGAAUGAAUUUUUUAAAAAGUCCUUUCAAUUCUGUUAGUAAACUUUGCUAGGCGAACGCGCGCUUUUGUCGCGAAAUGAUUUGAUCAAUGUCAACAUUUUCGAAGGAAACUAUAAACAGAAAUGCAGACUCAAUAAAUGUAUGACGGACUUAAAAUCGGGAGCUUAAGAAUUUAGAAAAACAAACUGUUUGCCUAUUUUUUUUAAACUUCUUUUUUAAAACCCGCCUUGUUUUUGCGGUUCAAAUUCAUCACCAAACUUCCUUACCAACUUCCGAAUUCACCGCAAACAAGAAUUGAAUUUCUUAAAUAAUGUGGAUUUUGCUUCAGCAACGGAAUAUUGAAAGCUUCAAUUGGACAGCUCAAUAUGAGGAUUUGCGCUUUGUUUUUCGUUUUGUUUUUGUUUGCUUCUUUCUUAACCUUGUAAAGAUAACUUCAUCCGAGCCAUCAACCACACAAAUUCUCUGUAUUCAUCACAUUAAGUUUGGCAGAGUUCUUCUUAGUGGCCUGCAAAGGCAUUAUUUUCCUAAACUUUUAAAUCAUUUUUAAACACACUCUCCCUUGUCUUAAAAAUAACCAGUUUGUUUAUUUUUCUUUUCAUUUUAAAUUGCGUUGACUAACGAUGACUUUAAAACGAUUAACGUUUGAUGACCUGCUCUGAAACAAUUGCAAAACAACGUUCCAUCUCAGUUAUCGAAAUAAAAUCUAACGUGUGUAAUUACCUUUUAUAAUGCGAAAGCCUUGUCUUGUGGGUAAAGCGGAUUUUCUUACUCAAGUCUGUUUUAAGUUAAAACUAAUCUGUCAUAUUGUCGGGAUAAGCAUCCGUUAGUACUUUCGUAUGUCAAACAGCCGGGCCACUUUGUUGCAAUCUCAUGAAGCAUGGCAUUGUGUUUAAGAUGACUGAAUAUCACGUUUCUUUCCGUUGUACACCACACGGAGGGUCGUUAUCUCUCUCUGACCACACUUAACCGUUUAGUAUACAGCGAUUCCUGUCGGAGAGAUAAGAACACUUCUCAACUUUCAUUUCUAGUGUUUUACGAGUGUUAGUAGACCACAGUGUUAGAAUUGAAGUGAACACUUUUCUUUGUGUUUAGAGAGUUCUGAGACUGUGAAUAAAGGCGGAACAGCUUUGUAAUAUGCUAUGUUUUAUCUACCAACAAAAUAGUUCGCAGUUUUGAAUUUGGUGUAAGACAAAUCUGUACAAUCGAAGGUUUAUUUGUCGCGCCGCAAAGCUUUAUCUUGUUAAUUGAAUUAUCUUAUUUGACGGAGCGCAGUCUUUCGAUUUUCCAUCCCAUCUCACACUACAGAUAUUUCUGCUCCCUCCGCCGCUUCUAGAACCGAAAAAAUGUUUUAUUCUUGAUAUUUUGUUAAUAUUCCUAAUGUUGAAACCACAGAAAAAAGUAGAGUAAACAACAACAACAGCAACUACAAUAACAAUAAAGACAACACCACUAAAUGUAGUAAUACUUCAUCACGUUACUAAGAUAAGUGAAAGAAUUGAAUAAAAUGAACUUUUUGUCAAUCUAAGUGCGUGGCUCUGUAGAAUUUACAAUGUUUGGUUUGGAAGUUUGUUUAAAAUAAAGAACCGAGAACUGCCGUGUCAAAUAUAUUGAAACAUAGUAUAUCUUCUUGUUUCAUCAAACAAUAAUUCGUAGUUGACAUUUUCUUUUUGGUCACAUGUGGUAAUAUUGUUGGUUUGUAAAUUUGCUGUUUCUCGUCCUCAGGCCUGCCGUGUGUGAACUUUACUCAGGUGGCGACUUUUGUGAGCCGUAUCUCAAAGGUCAGAAGAUUUACGUUUCAAAGAAGCGUCCCCAAUCUCAUCAACAGGAAAUUAUAGAAAACAACUAUGAAUUGCUGUUUCAAUAUGUGUCUGAAAGAUGUCGAGAUUAUGUUCUUCCGGCUCUGUGUAAUUAUGGCUUUCCGCCAUGUGAUCUGACCCAGUCUGCAGCUAAACCCAGAAAGUUUUGUCAAGAUGAUUGCCUCGUUUUGAAGAAUGACAUUUGCAAGAGAGAUUUCAAGAACGCCUUAAGAUUUCCUCUAGUUUCCAGGCUCCUGCCGGAUUGUGACAGUAUGCCAGCUAAGGGACAGCCUGGGUACAAGAGUUGUAUAAGGGUAGUACCUCAGGGUAAGUAACAGAGCCAAACUACACCUCCACACCGGAUCUGUCGUGCGGAUCGUUAAACUCUAUGGGUUCAUCUGCGACCUCACCACGUAUUUAAAUACUAUUUUAAAUCCUCCAAGGUAGCUGCCACAAUUUAAAGAUCUCUUCACAAGUUUGGAAACCUAGAGCGCUACUCAUUUAAGACUUCAAUUCCCAAGAUCUCAGUAGUAAUUCUCCUUACUGUCUGCCGUACAGUUCUUGUGAUGAUAGUUUGAAGAAUUUGGUAUUGGAUCAACUUAUAAUCCCUUAUUGAUAUUUUACUUCAUUCUCAUCACUUGUCUGCUUGAUAUUGUAUUGACUUUGUAAGGAGGAAUUCGUCUUGGUCACUCAUGGGAGUUUAAGGGUUAAGUGUUCCACCUGAAAUUACCGUUCUACUGUUUGAGAGUAUUUCGUAGACGUUUACGUUACCAAGACUUUACACAGCACGAUAAGCAGUAGUCACUUGGUGAAUGGUUACACGCUCUGUUUUAAUCAGUAUUCUGGGAAGUUGGAACCAAUCUGUAGAGCAUGGUGAAGAUAAGCUGUAGUUUUUAGAAUUUCUUCUUGUUAGUUUCCAAGGGUUGCCAGCUCAGAAUUUUGUGUGAGAGCGACCCUGUACAGACUCAGCAGCUUCAUGUUUUUUUUUUUGUUGGUGGGGGAGGAACAACACUUCUGUCGUAUUGUCAUUUGAAGGCUUGUCAAUUUGUUUUGCUAUUCUGAAUUGAUACUCUUUCUUAACCCUUUACACCCUAACAUCAGUAUGCAUAUUCUCCAUACUGUUCUCUAUACAUUUCCUAAGGUUCUAACAAGGAGAAUUUGUUUAACGAUAAAGAGCUUCUUUAAUUGGUGAUCAUUUCCUUUAUUCUCGUGAUCCUAAUGUGUGACUCAGGGGUGGUACCGUAGGGAGAAUUAAGAUGCGAGUCACUCUUAAGGGUUAAAGGGUUUACCUCAAAAGAUGGUUCCCAGUCCCUUCCCUUUUAGCCUUUGUUCUUGCAUUGGAACAGUUACACGUCAGAGUUUCAUAAAUUCCUGGUUAAUUCGAUCUGCUUUUGUGUUUGUAGUAGACAAAAGGAUUUACUUAAAAAGGUUUUUUCAUCUCAGCCAGAUUUAACAACGACAUUGCUUACUCUGUUGCAGUUCCUAAGUUCAAAGUGCGCCUGGAUCACAACAUAACUAUGUUCCAAAACAAGCCUGUCAUCUUUAAAUGCCGUUUGAACAGUAAGAAAAUACAGGUCAACAUCACGUGGUUCAAAGACGAACGGCCUGUCAAUCGGAUGUUUCCAUCUUACAAGGUGACCAGUUACCGCUGGGGAUCAAAGCUUAAGAUUCGGCGAGCAAAAACGAAGGAUGCUGGGAUAUUUGAAUGUCGGGCCAAAGGCCCCGGAGGAAUAGUCACUGCGCGGGCGUGGUUGAAAAUUAACGGACAUCUCAACACUCCUCCUCUUCCAGGUAAAUAUUUUUUUUUUCCUCGUAGUUAUGUUCCUAUGAGAGACUGAUACUGACCUCAUGUACGUUACCAGAAAAUGGUCGGUAAUUCGAUCUAACAAAUCUCUUGCGUUGUGCGCUGAGAGUUGAUUGUCUCUGUCAAAUCAAAUUUAGUUCAAAUCCCUCGACCGUGAACUUGUCAGCUUGAUGCGACAGAAAUUGUAGCGAGUUAGGCAAACACUUAUGGGGAAAUCACUUGGUUCUUUCCACCCCUCAGAAGGAAUUCGAAUCAGAACAAUUGCUAACUCGACGAACAAUAAGCGCUGCUCUUAAAGAAUUUUUUAGUUUACUAGAAAUGCUACUUUUAAAAGAAAUUAAGCUUGUUAUCUUGGAUACUGAAACAUAAAAUUCUUGUAGCUAUGAUAGAUACAUUAGCGUGGUUGUCAAAUUUGUUUUCUCCUCUUACUUUCCCAGUUAUAGAGGAAAAGCAUUCGACCUCCCAGCAUGAAGGUAAUAACUAUAUAACUUGGUAUCAGAAGCGCUACAGAUAACUGUUUUUGUGGGCUUUUAUUUCAAGCCUUGUUUAUUCCUUAAGAUUUCACGAAAAAUCAAAAGAUUAAUGUGAAUGAGGAAAAAAAUAUCAUAAAUGUCUCUAUUUUCAAACAAAGAGAGUAUUUUCUCAUAGAAAUAGCGAAUGCUAGGCCAUGUUUUAAAAAGUAUUUCAAAAAGUUUAAGAAUAAAAAACGCUUCUACUAAACAUGAAAUAGUACAAAUAAUCUCUUGUAAUAAGGACAUCGCCCAGAGUGCAAAGGCAAUUUUUAUGCGCAUGUUCUCUCUCUUUCACUCUCUUUCUCUCUCUCUCUCUCUCUCUCUCUUUGACGUUUUUUCUUUUUUUUCAUGUUUAUCUGGAAAUCACAGCGUAGUUCAAAGAGUUAAUAUAUUUUGCUUCUCUUUCUCUUAUCUCUAACAACAGAAGGCAAUGAUCCAGACACAACAACACCCAAGUAAGUGAUGCAAUAGCAACUGUAGCCAACAAAAACAACAACAGAGAAAAAGUAGUGACUUGAAAAUACUGAAAUUCGGACAAGAGAAGGAAGUGACAAAACAGUUAUGCGGAAAAAAAAUAAAGAAAAGAAAUAUCCAUUGUUUUAUCCAGUUAGAACUUGGAACCUUUUUUCAAUCGUCGUGUGAUCUUCCUUAACUAUACAUCAUGUUGUUAAGCAACAUCUAAGAAGAAAACUACAGGCUCAAUUGUUCAUGGCAGACUAUUGUUACUUAAAGUCAACGGAAAGUCGUAAAAAGAUUGACUCAGUGUUGCUUGUUGUGUUUUAGGUCGCUUCCUCCAUUCCCGGGCAUGUGUGAGAAAUACCGCGGCAAGGCCUGUGCACAGUUUAUUGGUAAUCAAAGUAUCUGGGUUGAAUAUCCAUCAGGUUAUCAGCAACGCGUUGAAGAUCAGUUGUCAAGAGCUCUGAGACUAAUACAAGCAACUAAGCAGAUGUCUGAUAGGUAUGCAGAAAAAAUUUCUUGCAAGAAAAGUCGAUAAACUCGUCCAGAAUAAGAGCCUUUUUUAGAAUUUUUUUCUCAAACUAUUUUAAGGCCUCCAAAGACGUCUUAACCUUUUACACCCCAAUAUCAGUAUGCAUAUUCUCCACACUGUUCUCUUUACAUUUCCUAAGGUGCUGACAAGAUAAUUUUUUUUAACAAUCAGGAGCUUCUUCAGUUGGUGAUCAUUGCCUUUAUUCUCCUGACCUUACAGUGUGAUGUAGGGGUGAUAUCGUAAAAAGAAAUUAGAUGCUUGUCAUUCUUAAGGAUCAAAGAGCCAACAUAUUCUUCUUAUUUUAACAGGUGCAGUGAAUAUGGCAUUCCUGCGUUAUGUUUUCACGGCUUCCCAACUUGCGAUACGUUAACUCAGAACUUCAAACAUCGGUUGUGCCGCGAAGACUGCUUUGCUUUGUUUGAGGACAUCUGUUUAACGGAACUUCAGUUCGCGAUGAGUAUUUCUCAGCUCAGAGUUCUGCUUCCAAACUGUUCCGCUCUUCCAACGCGUGAUGACAAAGAUUAUUCCUAUUGCACUUCGCUUAAUAUUCCAGGUUAGUGCAGCGCGAUUCUCUAUGUAUUGUUUCGGGACUGCUCGGAACCGCAAAAAUCUUUCGAUUCCUCUCGUUUAACGCUAAACGGUAAUCUAAAAGCAUUAUCGCAAACAGCCGGGCAUAAACAUCAUCAGAUGAAAAGCGUGAGCUCCGCUACGUUCUUACAAAUGGUUUGGCAUCAAGUUGUGUUAUUUCCAUCCAUUAGAAAUGUUGAGAGGAAAACUAGCUAAGGACAACAUUUGUUUACUUUGUUUGGAGGCGCUUUUUAGCUUGAGAUAUUAACACUAAAUGCAAAAGUAGUAAUCCCACAUUUCGUUCUACUUCUGUCUUCAAUUAUUGCCUCAUAACUUUAACGCGUUUUUUCCUUUUUGUUUCACUCAGGUUUGGCUCAUAAUUCACCAACCAGUCCUCCUCCCUUUAUUCAAGGUUCGUAAUACGUUGCAUUGACAACCAGUGCACCGCUCAAUCUGUGCGUUUUGAUUCUCUGAGCGCUGAUUCAAUCUCUAUCUUACCACAACACAUCUCUCUCUGUCACGUACUCUUUCUGUAGAAGCGAUCACGAUCUUAUAAGAAAGUUUACAAUUGAUAACGUUUCUUGAUGGUACAUGGCUGGUAAAGCUUUUCUCCACAGUCCAUCUGCUUUCGCUUUUUAUAUCAUAUUUAUCCUUAAGGGUGACCAACAUCCAGUUUCUCCUUACAAUGUCACCCCUGAAUCCAAUAUUGAGGUUAUGAGAAUAAAGGAAAUGAUCACUAACUAAAAGGGCUCUUGAUUGUUAAAUAAAUUCUCCUUGGUAGGUCCUAAGGAAAUAUAUAGAGAACAGUAUGGAGAAUAUGCAUACUGAUGUUAAGAUGUAAAAGGAAGUGACUGUUAAUAUUUCAGACGAUUCUUGCUACAAUGGUACUGGUGAAACAUACUCAGGCUCAAGGAACGUCACGAAGUCCGGGCGCCCCUGCCGCGUGUGGCAUCCUUCGGACCCCUCAAGUCAUAACUACUGCCGCAACCCUGGAGGACUUGAAGCACAACCAUGGUGUCAUGUUGGACCGGAAUACGAUGUGGAAUAUUGUGACAUCAAAAAGUGCUCUUCGUUGAGUAAGUUAUUACCUCCCUUUUGCCCUCACGUUACAGUGUCACUCUGGACAAGUUUUGAGUUGCCAGCAGGCGGUACGAAAGUGAGGUGAAGUUGAUUAUAACUGAAGGAUUGAUGUCAGUAUCAGAGCAACUGCACACCUUCCCCUCCCUUAACCCAACAUUGUCCCUAACUUGUUAUCAUUUGACUGUUGCUGGGUUAGGACUCGGAUAGGUACGAAGUUGCUCGAUUUUUGCGCGUCUCUGAUUAUGAUCCUGUUCUAUUUAGACGCUGCUGUGGAGACAACCCCUAAACAUGGCCAUAGAGGGGCUGGCUCGGUCGCUCGCACCAAUUACGUCAUUUCCGCCAUUAUGGCCGUUUUGAUUGUGGCAUUCCUUACAAUCAUUGUGUACCUAAAAAUACAGCAGCGUAAGACUGCACUUGCAGAUAGCGACCAUGCCUCCUCUGGCUCCAUCUCUAAGAGUACCCAGAGUACAUUGCAGCAGCAGAAUUUUGAUCUGAAGCAAAGCAUCAGUGAGAUCAAGUCAUGUGUCUUCCAUCAGGUUAGUCAACAAUUUCCACGUUCUGAAAGUUCUCCGCGUUUCUGAUCAUAUUUCGUGUUGUUUUCACGUUUUUCGUAUUCUUUGUGCUCGUUGCCAUUGGUAGAGAUCCCAAUCAUUCUAAGAUCUGUUUAGUAUUUUUCCUCACCUGUUUCACUGAGAGUGUUUCGAAAUUUAUAGGGGAGGUUUUAUGCUAAUAAUUUUUGGGGGCUGAGGGUUUGAAACUUGUGCAAACCCAAACAAAUACCUUUCAUAUGUAGAAUGACAACAACUUUUUCGCUAAAUGUGGAAUCAAUGUUUGAAAUUUUCGUUCUAAAUAAUGGGAACCAUUUUUUGAUUUUCUAUUUUAGCAAGAUCAAAAGUUACAAAAUGGCAAGGUGAAUUUUCUUGAGGGUCUGGGUGAGGGUAUGUUUGUCAAGGUGUGCAGGGGAUUGCUGAUAACAGAUGACACGGACGAGACCGGUGUGGAAAUUGCCAUCAAGCGGCUCAAAGCCGACGUACCGGAAGCUGCCAUAGAGAACUUUAAGAAGGACACGAACAUCCUGGCCAAUCUUCAGGACAUAAACAUUCUCUGUAUGUUUGGAUUGUCUAAAGACGAAGAUCCACACUUCAUGAUGUUCGAGUAUUUUGGUGACAUGGAUCUGUAUCGAUUCUUAGUGGACAACGUAUCCAAGUUAUCGGGGUUGAUACCAUCUGAUAUCUCUGAGUACGAUCUGUUACUGGACUUUUCGUUGCAAAUCGCGUCUGGUAUGGACUUCCUUGUCGAGAAUCAUUUCGUUCACCGAGAUCUUGCUGCCAGGAACUGUUACGUCACCGCAGACAACAUAAUAAAAAUCUCAAACCUUGGAAUCGGCAGCCACAAAUACCCCUCCGAUUACUCCUGGGUGCACAGUAGCGCUUUACUUCCGGUACGGUGGAUGGCACCGGAAGCGCUCAACACGUUGAAGUUUAAUCAUAUGACGGACGUUUGGUCUUACGGGGUUUUACUGUGGGAAGUAUAUACCUUUGGAUGCCAGCCGUUCACCGGUUUUAAUAACCAAGAGGCUAUUGAGCGAAUACGGAAUCUGGAAUUACUCUCUUGCCCAGACCACUGCCCUGCCCGAAUGUUCGGGCUGAUGCGGGAGUGUUGGGACGAAAACCCAUCAGAUAGAUCCCCCUUUUCCGAAAUUUGUUCCCGUCUCCGAGAGUGGGCUGGUGAUUCGAUUGCAGAAAGCCAUUAGUCCCAGGAACGCGCAUUAUUUCCCAUAUUACAGCGAAGACAGGUUGGUCAAAAACUAGCCACCUGCCGUCCAACAAAUCGCUGGUAGAAUGUCGACAUGGAGAACCUGGAGUACUGGGUCAAAAAAAAGGGUGAAGUUAUGUGAUGAUUUCCUUUUUCUGCAGUGAGUAAGUUGAAUCACUGACUUCAAAAGACGCAAAUGUACCCAACAGUUACUUUAACUGAUUAAAGUAGAGCAAUUUGCUUUGCAGCGUAAUUAUAUAUCCUUCAGUAAGGAGAGAAUUAUUGACUUCAAACGUUUAGUUUGCAUGGAAUUCAUUUAGGAUCAAUGAAAAUAUUAUAAGUCUUAUUUGCAGUUACCGUUAUUUCGGUUGUCACGCAAUCCUCACUUUCCUAGACGGAUUGCGUGGCAACCCAACAGCCAUCCCAAGUUUGUGAAUAACUUCAUCUCAGGGGAAAAAGCCUUUAUUCGCGCUUAUUUUCCAAGGUAUAUUAUUUAUGCUAUUAUAAACUUAUGUCCACCCUUGGCUGAGGGGGCAUUUUAUUUUAACUUAAGAGUACCAAAGUAGACAAAAUUCACCUUAUUUGGAAACGUUUUGAGCUGGAGACCGAGUGUACAUAAUUAAGAGGAAUAUAACCGUUAUGACAUUAGAUGUGUAGUGUGUGAGUUCUGAUCUUUUAUACGUCAAAUGAGUAACAUGAAUCUCUCGAGACAUCUUUUUCCACAAAAGAGUUUACUGCAACAAUGAAUGAAUUUUCAAAAAUCGCUGUCAUUGUUGUUUUCUCCUUUUUUUUUUAAUCAGUUUUAUCUGUUACUACGGACAAUGAAAAACUACAUUUCUUACACUAUGCGUCAAUAACUGAAAAAUGACAAGCAGAACCAAGGUGUUACGAAAAUGUUUUUUUUUUCUAUGACUAAUGGUAUUAUUAAUACCGACCUAACGGAUGAUAAUAUAAUUCGAUUUAUGACUCAUUUGGCCUAUAAAUUAUUUGAUUUUGUAGCUUGAUCGCUUAUAAGCUCUGUGAUUAUAAAGCAUGUUGAAAUCUUAGAUCAACGAAUCAGGAUAAAUGUAUAGCGAACCGUGAUUUAUGAACACGAAUGUAAGAUCAAUUAAGUACUUUAAAAGGUUACCGACAUUUUUGAAGUAUUACUAUUACUGUAUCAUAUUUUGUUGUAUUUAAUUCCAAGAAAAGUUUACUUUUUCAGAAUUUUCAGUAAUUGGUGGCUGUUAGGCGUUUCUUGUUUUACGCGUUCAGAAUUUUCAUCCGUUUCUUGCUGAUAGUCUAGCGUGUGGAAAUGAAAAAUAAGAGCGCAUUUUUAAAAGCAAAAUUAAUUUUAGCCUCUAAAUAUGCUAGUUCAUCCUGAGCAUUUUUCCAAUGAUCGCUAUGAGACAAUUGGUGUGAUCAUAUAUGAAUAGAACAGUUAUGAUGGCUGUACGGGUGGUGUAAUGGUUCUCGCGUGACUUGGACGAGUGGCUCUUUGGCUGGUACAGAGAGUCACGCCACGAAAAGAGAAACCAGCUCAGUAAAAAUUUUGACGAAGAAUGAAAUAACUGUCGACGUUCUUGCUAAUUCUUCAACCCUUUACACCCUGACAUCAGUCUCCAUAUUCUCUAUAUAUCAGUAUCGAUAUUCUCCAUACAAUUCUUUUUGUACUGGUAAGGAGAAUUAGUAUUACAAACAAAUCUUCUCAGGUUGAUGAUCAUUUCCUUUAUUCUCAAUCAUCUUAAUGAAUGAUU